CACAAUAUGCGCGCUUUCGUGGUACUCGCCUGUGUGGCGUUGGCCUAUGGCCGCCCUGAACCUCCUGUGGGAUACAGCUACUCGGCUCCUUCCAGCAGCUACGGAACUCCUUCUCUAGGAAGUCAUUCAAGCGGGCUUUCCUUAGGAGGCAGCCACUCUUCUGGUGGAUUAUCAUUGAGCGGUGGUCAAUCUUCUGGUGGAAUCUCAUUCGCCAGUAGCAGCCUGAAUGGUGGAUUUAGCGGAGGUCUCGGUGGAGGACUCAGCGGUGGAUUCAGCAGUGGAUUAAGUAGUGGUUUCGCUGGUGAUUCUGGAUUCUCUGGAAUUUCUGGUGGAUUCUCUGGUGCCCCUAUCGUACAGAAGCACAUUUAUGUUCACGUUCCUCCACCAGAGCCUCAAGAGCAGAGAACUCCACAAGCCGUUUCUGUUGCUACUCCCCAGAAACAUUACAAGAUCAUCUUUAUCAAGGCUCCAACUCCACCCACUCCUGUUGCUCCUAUCAUUCCAGUUCAACAACAAAACGAAGAGAAAACUCUUGUAUACGUUUUGGUCAAGAAGCCUGAAGAACAACCUGAUAUCGUUAUUCCCACACUUGCUCCCACUCAGCCUUCCAAACCCGAAGUAUACUUCAUAAAAUACCAGACACAGAAGGAGUCCUCUGGUAUUGGAGGUGGUGCUAUUGGUGGUGGUGCUAUCAGUGGCGGUUCUGUCGGAGGUGGUUCUUUCGAAGGUGGUUCUCUUAGUGGAGGCUCUCUCAUCAGUGGUGGAAUCGGCAGUUCUGAUAUCAGCGGUUCCGGUAUUGACAGCUCAUCCCUAAUUGGCGCUGGUAGUCAUGGUGGAGCUGAAAUCGCCACUAACUUUGGAGGUAGCGGUGGUGUUGGAAGCGGAUCUAUCAGUGGUGGUGCAACUAGCUCACAAUACGGUCCCCCUGGCCACGUUGCUGGUCCCCUUCAUUAA